AAAGUCAAAGUUUUGGUACGUUUGGUAUGCCAAGAAAACGUGUAUUUGUUUACCUUUACAUAUUUUUAUUAAAAAUCUAAUUUGUUAUUAUUUUAUGACACUGAAUUGGACUAUACUUUAUAUUUUCUACAACUAAACGUGUUUAAUAAAUAAAAAUGUUGCAACCAAUAAUGCAUAUUUUGAAACAAAAAAAUAUAAUAUUAGCGAGUGGUUCCCCUAGACGAAAAGAACUUGUCGAAAAUAUUGGCCUCAAAGUUGGUUUGUGCCCAUCAUUGUUCGAAGAAAAUCUUGACCCAAAAGCAUUUAAAAGUUUUGGUGAAUUUGUUGAAGAAACAGCAUUGCAGAAAGUUUUAGAAGUUGAGACAAGGUUAACCGCAGAGGGUAACAAACCGGAUGUAGUCAUAGGGGCUGAUACUAUGGUCACUUUGGGGGCUGAAAUGUUUGGCAAACCUACUUCAGAGACAGAAGCAUUCGAGAUGUUAUCUCGUUUAUCAGGCAGAGGCCACACUGUGUACACAGGAGUUGUGAUCAAAGCUUCAGAUAAAAUUGUGAAGUUCACUGAGAAAACUGAUGUUUUCUUUGGUAAACUGGACGAGCAGCAAAUCAGAGGUUACAUAGCAACUGGAGAACCCAUGGACAAGGCAGGAGGCUAUGGCAUCCAAGGUGUUGGAGGCACAUUUGUGGAGCGGGUGGAAGGUGAUUACUUCACUGUGGUCGGUCUACCACUCUAUAGGCUUUGCUCCGUUCUCUAUGACAUGUUUAAACAUCAACUAUGAUGUUGCAUUGUAAAUAUUAGUGCAAUUUAGUUUAGUUUGAAGAUAGUUAUCAAUUCCAUGUUUUUUUAAGUGAUAAAUGAGACAAAUAGUACAAUAUGUGAAGUGAAAUUAUAUUGUAAGUUAAAAUGGGAAAAAUAAAACAACCAAAGAGAUUGUAUUUUUUUUAAACGAAUAUUUGUAUUUAUUUGAUAAAUACUUUUUAAAUAAUGCUUAUAUCUAAAAGCUUUGUGGUAUAAUGUUAAUCAAUGACAAAUUAGAUUACAUUUUGUAAGUUAAUUCAUUUUCUGUUGAUUAAUUAUUACUUAUGUACAGAUCAAUUAUUGUUCUCUAUUAAAUGUUUGAUUUAUUAA